CGCACAUCUCGGACCAUUGUCGCCUUCACACGUCUUUGUCCUCGCUCAGUCGAACAAGGGAGCCCACUGUGUUGUCGCCGUUUCCAGCGUCUGCAACCUCGGGCACGAACUCAACUCGCUAUCAAGCCGCCUCUUCUCCCAGGACACUACUACACAUCGCCGUUACUUCAACACAUGUCAACGCUCUGCAGCAUGGGGAACGCCUACGCCUCGCCCCCUCAACAGAUGGCUCCAUCUUGCCCCCCCCCCAAUCCAUCCCAGGCUGAGCACCAGUUGGUUGCGGGCUUGAGUGCGCUACGGAGCCAUGAUGGCGAUUGCCAGGGCGCCUACGCCUCAAGUCUAUGGAGCAGUUGCCUCGGAUCGCAGACAAGCAACGAUGAGUUCGAGCACUACACGCUGCACACCUCUCCAACCGUCAGCAGUUUGCAACAAACCAGCUCGGAGCAGUCUUCACCUCGCAUAUGGGACUCGCCAGAGCAACUGGGCCCGACGCCUUGGGAAGCAGCGACUGAGCAAGUGCAGAACCGCUACCGCGGCUUGGAUCCCCAGCUUUCCAGUUAUCAGCUCCCUGACAGCGGCUACAACAUCCCAACAUCAUUUCCGGCCGAUGCAUCCCUCCUCCAGGCCCAGGGCCUCAACGGACAAGAGGAAUGGCAGCGGGCACGCAGUCAAACCGAGCCAUAUCCUGCAGGCUACCACACGUUGUCGCAAGACGGGUAUCCUGCGUCUCCUGAGAGCGGCCGUCCGUUGUCACCUUGCAGCACGGCACCUCGGUUCUCAAUGGAGAACGGCGCUUCGGACUCUCCCGGCGACGAUGUGAAGAGUCAGGCCGAGACGCUGGUCGGCAUGGAGGAUGCUCGCACGCGGACCAGGAAAAGAAGCCCAAGCCUCUCGCACGUGCAAGCCGAUGGUUCAACAAAGCAGGAGGAGCCCUACGCUCAACUCAUCUACAAGGCCUUCUUGAGCACCCCGCGACAUGCCAUGACCCUUCAAGAGAUCUAUCAGUGGUUCCGCGAGAACACUGACAAGGGCAAGGAUGAUACUAAGGGCUGGCAGAACAGCAUCCGGCACAACUUGAGCAUGAAUCAGGCCUUCACCAAGCGCGAGCGCAGACCCAGCGCUGCCAAGGACGGCGACGCAAGCCAGACCGACGGCAAGAAGUCGACCGAAUGGUAUCUCGAACCGUGGGCGAUCGCCGGCGUGCAGAGCACCACCCGCUACCGCAAGGGCAACCAAUCCCGCCGCAGCGCCGCAAGCCACGGGCUCCAUUCGCGCGUCUACCGGAGCUACCCCGCCCGCCACCACCAACACCACCACCACCACUCGUUCAGCAAAAGGGGACAGGGACAUGGCAGCAGCCGGGUGCUGCGCGGCGCCCGCAGCCAGACCCUGCGCAGCAACAGCAGCACCUCGAUGCGCCAGCAGCAGCAGUCCUACCUCUUAUCCCCGCACCGAAGCUCACCCUACAUCAGCCACGGCAUCCACCAACACCACCUCGUCAUCAAUAACCCUGUCUCCUCGGUAUCGCCGGCCCCCCACACCGCCCCACCCUCCUUCUUCCCCCGCCAGCACUACAACAGCCCAACUAACACCACCAACACCGGCAUUGAGUACGACUACCCCGACCCGCAACUCUUUCCCCCCGGUACUUCCUCCUCGUCCAUGUCUAUGGUACGCAGCACAUCAAGCGAGCCCUGCGCCGCCGACAACGAGCCCGUCACCCCGGAGUCGCUGCACGCAGUUCCUUACGCAGCAAAAGUCGGCGGUGACGGCGGUCUCAUGAUGGAUGGCGGUCAGGGGGAUCAGUACCACUACACUGGUUAUCACGCUUAUUUCCAUCCUCAUCAUCAACAAAAUGCUGCUGCUGCAGCGGUGACAGUGCUGCCGCAGGUGGUGGGCGUGUAUGACGAUGACAGCAUGGAAGGUGUUGUCGGGCCGCUUCAUCAUCAUCCGGGGUGGGUGGGUUCUACUACUACGACAGGUGUGCUUCCCGUUGGGGUUAAUGAGAUGGUGGUGAAACAGGAGAUGGAUGGGAUGGCGGUUUGUGGUGGUGGUGGUGGUGGUGGUGGGGAGCAGCAGCAGCAGCAGCAUCUGGAUGGGUAUCAACUUGAUGGUGUGUACGGUAUUGGUCACUAGUGAGCUGCUGCUGGUCUUUAGACGAGUGGAUGGGCACGGCGAAUAAUGAUAAUGACUUUGAUGGGCGGGGUGGGGUUGGGUUGGUUGUUGUUUUCUGGUUAUUAUGGUUUCUGUGGUUGGCUGGUUGUCGUUUCUGUGACUGUACACUACGGUACGUUUA